AUUGGUUGCUAAAUACUGCCGCUAUAUUAUAUGGUGUGAUAUGACUUCUUUUAUUCUGUGCUGUUUGUAUGGAACAAUGAGCUAUGCAAAACAAAGGUCUUCUUUAAAAGUUGCAAUGGACUAGCAUCACGUGCUAACUUGAAUAGCAUGGUUACGACUGUCUUUUCCCCAAUAAGAGACAGGCUAUCGAUGAGGUUGGGGGUGGGGUGGGGUGCAAGAAGAGCCACAUGAUAACGACAAAGGUUCUUUUACUGCUCGGUCGGAAAUUGCCCUUUUGAAGAGUCAGAACACGCAGGAUGAAUAUGCACCUGACCUGACCUCUGGUUUUUUAGUUUUUUACUCCGGGCUCGUCGAUUGUAAUCGUUCACCACAUCCUCUCCCGCUAUCUGUCUUUGCUCUUUUAAUUAUGCAACAACUUGAUGACCGUCCACCAUUCUUAUUACCUCGUCCUGUAUGGGUAAACGAUAUUGAUGUCAUCCAUUGCACCUCUUGCAAUGCUGCGUUUGGUCCAUUACGACGAAGGCAUCAUUGUCGACAUUGCGGCAAUAUAUUCUGUCAUGAAUGCUCGUCGAAAAGUGUACCUUUACCACAGCUUGGAUAUGGAUCAAAACCUGUACGGGUGUGCAAAGGAUGUUUCGAGGUGGCGUACUUGGUAACUUAUGCAAUUGAUGACGAUCAUGGCUUAUCAACACAGAUCCACGGUACGCGAGGUCUUUUGGAGCUGAUUGAAAAAGAUAAUGAGCAUGAUUUACAAAACGUGGUCAUGUAUGGCGGCAUUGAUGCAUUGAUCUGGUUAUGUUGGUCUUCCACAAGUGUACAAAUCCAUCAUCUAGCGACGACGACUCUUGCGAUAUUGGCCGAAAAAGAAUCGAUACGACCUGUCAUUAUCACCAAAUGGGCACUACCGCCAUUAUUACAUCUGAUUGAAUUCUACGUCUACUACGAAAUCAACACUAGUAAAAAAAAGAAGCUCAAGAAGAAAGGAAAAGCGGCAGCAACGGUUAGGGAUAAUGACGAAAACGUAAAAGAAGAGGACGACGACGAUAAUGAUACCCCACAAGAAGUCAUUCUUGAGAUUGUGAUCAAUUGUACCCACGUCUUUUAUCAGUUGUCGCGUGCCGGUAUAUUCAGUCAAUCCAAUAUUAUUGAUGAUGGGGUGCUUUAUACAUUGUUGACAUUGGCAGCGUAUGAUCCUGUACCACAGGACCAUGAAAAGAAAAAGCAACAGAACGGACAACAACCCAAUGGCGGUGAUAUGAAUGGAAACGGACAAGAAGAAGAAGAAGCAAGGGCUGCAAUAGCGGAGCAGUUCAAGGAACGGGUUCGCAUCAUUCAAAGUCUGGCUGCCAAGGCAGUAUCAGCGAUCAGUGCACCUGUCACCAACCAGCCCAGUGUGAUUGAGCUGAUAAGAGGGACGGAUAAAUUUGCUUAUCUGCUACGGUCCACGAAUGGCGAAGUGCGGAAAUACAUGGCAAAAACAAUUGCUUAUCUAUCGUUGCGUAAUGACAAAUACAAACCUGCUUUAUUAGGAGGUGAUGUGGCCCGUGCUUUAGUAUCGAUUAUCGCACUCUUGCCACACACACAGCAGCAACAACAAGUAGAAGAGGGCGGCGACGACGACGACAUUGAUGCUAUGGAACAACGGAAACAAGAUCACAGUUAUUAUCUUUCACGAAACGACGUGGAUGAAGAUCAGUAUGGACCGGCCAAUUCUUCAGCUGUUUCUCAUGCAUGCUGUGCACUUGCCAACUUUGCUACCAAUAAUGAAUCACAAAGCAAUCUGAUAUCCCAACCCCGUGUGCUCAAGUAUAUAUGCAAUGUUCCUGCCGCAUUAUCGGGCCAUACAGAAGUCCAUCGCCACGUAGCGCGUUGCCUAGCCAAUUUUGCUCUUUACAGCGAAAAUAACGCUAUUAUGCUUGGCUAUGCUGCUGUGGAGCAAGAGGAACAGAAUAACAACACUAGCAAAAAGAAGGAGAAAGGUACAACCACACGACGUCGUGGUGAUCCGUACAACGUUCUUUCAACAUUACUUGCCAUGGGACAAAGUGCAAAUGCCACACCGGAUAUACAACGACACAUUGUACGAGCCAUUGACAACCUCAGUUCUCAAGUGUCCGGUGGCGAGCGAUGGCGAGAGUUGUUCAAGGACGCACAUGAAUUCAUAUUGCGCAUCAUGGACGAAAGCGAGGAUUCGGAUACAUUGAAACGGGCACAGAGCAUUCAUGAAAAGUCAGGGCAAGGAUACGAUUCAUCCAAUACUACGACCACAACGACGGACACAACCCUGACAAAGACUGCCGCGUCAACGACUCACAAAAAGAAAACGAAAAAGAAAAACAAAAAGAAGAAUAACAAUGAUGAAGCGUUGUCUCAAGAUCAUCAGCUACCGGGAGACAAUCACACAACAUAACCAUACCGAGCACCAACAACCACCCUCUAUAUAAGAAAUUGGCGAUAUUCAAUCUAGAAAUAAAGUGGAGGCAUUCUGUAAAACGAUCAAAGAAAAAACAAUCCCCCGGUGUUUUCCACGCCAUAAACCAACAACACAGAAAUUGUACAAAAAAAUAAAGA